UCUUUGUUGAUUUUGACGUUUUUCGGUCGAUUUUACCGACUUUGAUUCUGUUUUUAUCCUUUAUUUGUUGAUGCCCAGUCAAAUUUGUUCCUAAUUAGUUUUUUUUUUCUCUCAUCUUUAGGUUCGAUUUCAGUUCGUAAUCAACAGCUAAGUGUUAUUUGAUGGAUUCUUCAUCUUAUUCCGAGUCUACGUCGACGAAUGGUGGAGGUUCUAACAAAGAUGACAAACUACAGAUUGCUAACAGGUGUCAUGGUCGUUACUUUGGUCUAUAUCAGCGUGCUUUUAGGAAUAAAGAUCAUUUGAUUGCUUUGGAUAAUUUGCUUGCGGGUAUUGGUCCUCAAAUCUUUAAAGAUGACUGUGCUGGAUCGUCGUCUAUUGAUAAAAAUGAUUCAAUCAUGAACAUAUAUGGUAUUGUUGUACCUGAAGAAAUAACUGCACAUGCUCCAGAUGUGGUUAGUACAAAAGGAGGUGCAAGUGACAAGAAAAGCAAGAUUAAGUCAAGCAUAGAGAAAGCAAUUGAAAAAGCAAAUAAACCUCAUAGGCGUUGUGGAAAGUGUCAUAAAAUUACUGAUCAUAAUGCUAGAAGUUGUGGCAGAAAGGAGACAUGA